UAUCGAUAGCCUUCCCUUCCCACCGCGCGGCAGCCGUCGCAAUCUUUGAUCCUCUUCCUUCGCCCUUCUGUUUCCCGAUUCUUUUCGAAUCCGGUCUCCUGCCUCCCCACGCGUCAUUGUUAAUGAGCGCCUAUAAGUACAAGGACCACGCCUGGCCUCCCUCUCUAUGUUUCUUUCUUGCCAGCCCUCCUCAGCUCCGCGUUGGGGUUUUGCUAGGGUUUUCCUAGCGGCCAGCGGCGAGGUCUAGGCGAGUUUCCCUAGCGGCCAGCGGCAAGGUACGGCGAAGGUCUUGGGUGGCGGAGUGACGGAUUCGGCGUGGAAGAGUUGACGGCCUUGCAGAUUCUCAUCUCGAGGAGUUGGGCGUUCAUUCAUCGCCGAAGCAGACGGCCAUCAGUGGCUAUUCAAAGAAAAAUGGUGAGUCGAAGACAACAUAGUGUCAACCACUUUGGUCCAAGCUUGAGAAAGUCUCCCAUGAGGAAGGGACCAGGCAAACUCAAGAAAAAGUGCCUGGACCAAUUUAAGAGAACUCAGCAGUCGUUUAGGGUAGGGAUGGAACAUAGAUUUAACCAUGCUAAUGAAAGAGCUGAUGAUAAUGUUGCCAAAAGACCUCAACAAAAUAAGAUUGCAAGAAAAACUCCUUUUGAGGAGCCUAGCCAUGCUAAGGCAGUGUCUCGACCAAAUAUCUCUUCUUCAUGGCCAAACAAAGGUACGGUUUCUUCACGCGAAAAUGUUGAGAAGUCCAAGCCCUAUUUCUCUAGGACUCUCCAAAAGAAUACCCUGAAGGCUAGUCCAUCUCGUGCAAUGCCUAACAGUGGCAUUGAUUCUCUGCAAAAGAAUACUACCAAGUCUAGACCCUCUUCCUUUAUAUUGAAUGGUGGUAAUACCUUGAGGCCAAACAAUGGCAUGGGUUCUUUGGCGAAGAAUGUGGAGUCUUGCUCAAGGUUAAAUAACUUUGAUGCUCCUCGAUCAAAGAAUACCAAGAUGCCUGGAUCCACCUACUCAAGGCCCAAUGAUGAGAUGGCUUCUCGGUCAAUGAAAUCUAGGCCCUUCUCCUUUGGAUCGAGUUGUGGGUUCGAUCCUUUGAUGAGGAACCUAGAGAAAUCUAAUCCCUUUUUGACUAGGGGUCCGUAUUCCUCGGUGUUGAAGGAUUGUUCAAAUUCCACAUUUGGUAGUUCAAAGAAAUCUUACCCCUCUUCGAUGGUUGGCAACUUGCGGAAAGAAGGCCAUCACAUGGCAAUGGAAGCUUUGAAUUCCAACUUAGCUUUGAAGGGUAAGCAAGGCGUGCAAGAUAUCCAGCCCAACGUGGAGAUAAAUUGUGUUUCUUUACCCGGUAAGAACCUUCCUAGUCAUGAAACCGUCGAGGCAUCUUGCAUGGUCGAUUCAAUCAACGGGGGCAUUAGACUUGAUAGUAGAAAGUGCAUGACUAGCCUUUCGGAGGAUGGAAGCACCGAUGUGUACAACUCUAAGAGUAAGAGGAUGAAGCCGUUGUUGGAAGAGAAGGUUGGGGCACUUGGGGUCACUAGAUUGACAAAAUCAAUGGGUAUCUCCCUUAAACUUAACAAGAACACUAGCAUUGGGGAGGACGAAAGAAUGGUUGGUGACAAGUUUAAUAAGAGAAAGAGUGAGAAUUGUAGUCAAACAAACAAAAGGAGAAUAUAUGUAGUAUCUGACAACGAAGACGACGAUGAUGGUGAUCAGAAUCUCACGGGUGCUAAAAGUGGUGAUGCUGGAUUGAAAACACAAAAAGAUUGUCACCUAGAGGUCUCUAAUCUGUUUGGUGCAGAAUCUUUGAAGCCACCUCACUAUUGUUCGCUGCCCAUCGAUGAACCUGUAUGGAGUGGAAUCAUCAAGAUAGGCAGCGGAAAAUUGGUUUCAUUGGCUGCACAUUUGUCAACCAAAUACUGUGAGAAGGUGUGGAAAUUGUCAAGAUCACUUGAGCCAGUGGUUGAAGUAACUAAGCUUUCUAGAUUUGAGGCUUGGCCUAGGAGCUUUGAGACAUCAAGGCCCACUGAUGACAACAUUGCGUUGUAUUUAUUGCCCACCAAGAUGAGGCAAGAUGCAUACCUGGAUCAACUUGUUAAAGAAGUCAUGGAGAAUGAUAUGGUCCUACGAGCUAUUGUUGGUGAAGCUGAGAUGCUGAUAUUCCCAUCUAUUCUACUGCCUGAGCAACACCAAACUUUCCAAGGAAACCCCUACCUGUGGGCGGUAUUUAGGCGCAGAAAAGACCAGGUUCCCUUAGUGGAGGAGGAACAACAUGGCAAAGGACGUUGCCCACAGGAGAAGGGAAAGCAGCAGGCUUCACAUUUCAGUGUGGGAGAAGGGUCAAACAUGGAUGCUGGACUUGAAGCUUCUGAGGAAGUGGAGAUAGAAGACAUGGAGCAGGAACAAAAUCCCACUACGGCAAGUCCAGCAACAAGUCCUACAGCUUCACCCAACGCGCCAAGUCCUACAACUUCAGCUCCUACUAUGGCUGCAGCUAAAAUGUCUGCAAGCCACGGGCAAGACCACUCAAACAUGGCUGCUCCUACAGGAGCACUGUUUGGUUUCGUGAUUCAGCGAACUCCCAGACUUGAGCAGCUCAUCCAAGAGAUGCAACGUGAAGGUGCCGUGAUGGUUGCAAUGCAAGGGCAGAUGAUAGGGCCGGGUCUUGGCUUGGGCAGGCAGUAGCAGCAGGGUUGAGAGCAGGACGAUAUGACACUGAGGCGGAGCUCAUCUGGACGUGUAGUCCUUGGCUUGAGCCUCUUUGUGUGUACAUCGUCUGUGCGUGUUGGAAGGAACCCCCCUCGUUAGGUUCUCUGUGCGUGUUGGAAGGAACCCCCUCGUUAGGUUCUCUGUGCGUGUUGGAAGGAACCCCCCUCGUUAGUGUUGGAAGGAACCCCCCUCAUUAGGUUCUGGCUCUUUGCAUCCUAGUAUCUAGUUAAGUUUAGUUUGGUGUUUGCUAAAAUGCAUCUAGAAGUUAUCAUGCCAGCGCAUGUGUUCUCAGAUGUAUUUUUUGUUAGGAAGUAUUAGUAUUAGUCUAGGAGUCCUAUUA